AUGAUGCCCUUACAGAUUAAUCGUCGCCAGCGUUUGGAAUUCGCCCUGACCCUUUUACCCUACGAUCCCGAGACGGUGCAGCUGUCCGAGAAGCAGAAAAAGGUGGAGCAGAUCAUCGCCCGCCUGCGGACGGAUCACUCGUUUUCGGAGGAGGAGAGCGACGAUGGCAAGAUGCGACGGCUGCAGGAAGCCAAUGAGUUUGCCGACAGCGCCAUGCGCCACAUCGAAAUGUCGGACACUGGCAAGCUGAGCACUCUGGAAACCCUGACCCUGGCUGCUGAGAAGCUCCUGAGAUCGCAGCGAUCGGAGGACUUCGAAGACAUUGUGCAGGAUGUGGAGAAUGCGCAGCUGAUGAGGAGCACCAUCCUGGCGGUGAAUGAGGCCCGGAUGAAGCUCAUCCAGCAGUGGGAGCGCAGCAAGCGCAAGGCCCUGGAUCUCCUCACCAUCGAGAUCGAGAAGGUGCAGGAAAUGGACCAGGAGCAGGAGCAAGCACACGAGAAGGAUCGAGAGCAGGAGCAGGAUCAGGAUCAGGAGCAGAGUUCGGAGCCCUUCGACGUGUUCCGAAAUGGAACCGAUGAGCACAACACCUCGACGCCAAAAACCAACGACGGGGAGAUCGGAUUGGAUGAUGACGAUGACGAGGAUUAUGUGCCAGCUGGCGAGGAACCAGUGACGAAUAAGAGGAAGCGCAUCAAGAAACCCGUGACAUCCACGCCGAAUGCCAAGCGUCCGUGUCCGGGCUUCGAGUUCGACCAGGACAGCGAAUCGCCCAUGGUGAUGAUCGGUCCCAAUGGCACCGAAGUAUCCCGCGUCAGCCUGAGCGCCAUCAACUGGGACAUGACCGGCCCAUCGAUCACCCGCAAGUUGCUCUGCGAGAUCUUCGACCGGGACACCUUGGCCCACCACACGUUAUCCGGAAAACCAUCUCCGGCCUUCAGGGACUGCGCCCGUCCCAGCAAACAGCAGCUCGAUCCUCUCAAGGUUGCCGACUUGGUCUACCUGAUGACCAACAGUCUGGACAUGACGCCGCGCGAAGUUCGCACCGCAAUCACCACAAAGUGUGCGGAUGAGAACAAGAUGCUACGGUCCCGACUGCAGCGCAGAUCCAAGUAG